GUAACAAUUAUUUUAGAAUGAAAUAUUUAAAUGAUUUUCUUCUUAAUGCAUAUCCCAAAACUACUUCCAAUUCUAGAAACCAUAUUCAAAGUGCACUGUUUUCCAGAAACUUUGCUAUCUCGUUUGAAAGGAUUAUGGUGGUUCAUCAACACCAAUACUUCAACCUUCCACACUCCAAAUUCGGUACAAAACCUCAGUUCAGAAAUAUAAUGAUUAAAAACUACUAUGCAUCAAAGGUUGUAUCAUAUUAUGAGGCAAAUUUGUCACUCUCAGUUCUGAUGCUUUUUACUCUUAAAUCUUUGCAGGCUUGAAUCCUUCAACUUCAAGAUCAUCAACUACAUGCAGCCUGAAACAGUCUUCAUUGGUAAUAAUCUUACCAUAUUUUUUCUUUUCCUUUUCCUUCCAUCUUUUACUUAUCUGCUUUCCUUUUCUUGAAGAUAACAAGAAGCUUUUUUGAUGUUAAAAGUGAAUCAUUCAUUGCCUAUUUAGAAUUCAAUUUCGGCUCAGGAAAAUAAAGAAUAUGUACAAAGAAUCAGAGAGAUGAUGUUUCAGAAAGUAAAACUAUCGAUAUCAGCAUAUGACACAGCAUGGGUUGCCAUGGUUUCAUCAAGGGAGUCUCCGGAAAAGCCGUGUUUCCCACAAUGUUUGGAUUGGGUACUUGAAAAUCAACAGAAAGAUGGUUCAUGGAGUGGUCUUCAGCAGCAGCAACCCGCAGAUGAUUACAGCAGUCUGCUUCCCAAAGACUCACUUUUGUCUACACUUGCAUGUUUACUUGUUCUUCGGAAAUGGCGAGUUGGUGAGCAAGUUCUCCUAAGAGGACUUGAAUUCAUAAGAUCAAAUGGUUUUGCUGCUUGCGACCAUAAUCAAGUUUCUCCUGUUGGAUUCGAUGUUUUGUUUCCUGGGAUGAUCAAAUACGCGAUACAGCUAGAGUUGAACUUACCUUUGGAUGCAACUUUGAUGCAUCAAAUUAUGCAAAAUCAUGAGAUGGAAAUCGCGAGAAUCCAGGGAAAUGAAACAGCUUUAGCAUACUUUGCUGAAGGAAUUGGGACAACAUGUUGCUGGAGAAAGGUUCUAAAAGUUGUUCAAAGGCCAAAGGGCAGAAUUCUGAGUUCACCAGCUGCCGUAGCUGCUGCUUUGAAUGAGCAUUAUGACCACAAGCUCUUUGCACAUUUGGGCACAUUCGUCGACAAAUCUGAAAAAGGGGUACCUACCAUUCACCCGUCAAGCUUGCAUAUUCGCCUGAAAUUAGUCGAUGCUGUUGAAAGGAUGGGGUUAAAACGAUAUUUCACCCUCGAAAUAGAUAGAAUUCUGAAUGAAACAUUCAGGUCGUGGAAGCAUAGAGAUGAAGGGAUUGUAUCAGAUGUAACCUGUUGUGCCAUGGCAUUUCGACAUUUGAGAUUAAGAGGGUAUGAAGUUUCUUCAGAAGAAUUGGUGAGAUUUGUUGAUGAAAAAUGUUACUUCAGUACAGUAAGUCCGCAGUUCUGGGGAGUGACUACCAUUCUGGAACUCUACAGAGCUUCGCAAUAUUCCAUCAUUCCUGGAGAUGAAGUCAUCCUUGAAAGUAUCAAUGCUUGGACUGGAACUUAUCUAAAGCAGCAGCUGUUAAAUCAAAGCAUACUCGACCACAGACUUCGUGAGGAGGUGCAGGGUACCCUGAAAAACUAUCAUGGUUCCCUACAUCGUGUCGUGAACAGGGAAUGCAUUGAGCUUUACAAUGUAGAUGAAUUUGAAAUACUGAAGACUGCUUACAGGUACCUUAACACGUCCAGCAUGGAACUUCUCACUUUCUCAAUACGGGAUUUUAACGCAUGCCAAGCCCUACACCAAUGCGAACUUCAAGAGCUCGAGAGAUGGUUUGAAAUGAAUGGGUUGCGCCAUAUGAAUGUCCCUAGGCAUGUCUUGCACUGUAGUUUUUUCAUGAUUGCAGCAGAUAUCUUUGAACCUGAGCUCUCCACAGCACGAAUAUCUUUUGCCCAAACCGUUGUCCUCAUAAGAGUUGUCGAUGAUUUGUUUGACAAUAGUGCUUCAAGAGUGGAGCUUCAGAACAUCAUUGAACUGGUCAAAAAAUGGGAUAAAGAUUCAGUAAUACUUGGUAAAUGCUCCAAAGAAGUUGAGAUAUUCUUCUUGGCACUUUACAACACGGUGGAGGAGCUCUCAACAAAAGCUCUCCUUCACCAAGGACGCUGCAUUAGGCCAAACUUGAUAACCCUGUGGCAAGAAUUGCUGGAAGGAAUGAUGAUAGAGCUAGACUGGUGGAGAGAACAAAGAACACCUAACUUGGAGGAGUACUUGUCCGUAACAAGCUCAACUAUUGGAAGCCAUUUAUGUAUUCUGACAGCCAUUCAUUUCAUUGGUGCCAUUUUAUCCGAAGAAUUAUUGGGAAGUGAAGAAAUUAGGUUUUUAUGCAAACAUGUCUCCAUUGUCGCAAGACUACUGAACGAUCUUCAAACACUAGAGAAAGAGCUCUCAGAAAGAAAACCGAAUAGUCUGUCCUUACUCAUGCUAGGAGGUCAUCAUCAUGGCACCAUGUCGAUUGAAGAAGCUAAGACAGUUAUACACAAAAAGGUUGAAAGUAGUCGAAUGGAACUGCUAAGGAUGGUCCUUCAGACAAAUGGAAGCCAGGUUCCAAGAGAAUGCAAAAAUCUGUUCUGGACAACAAGUAGAUUAUCCUUCUAUUUGUACAAGUUCACAAAUGAGUAUGAUUUCCCAAAAGAAAUUAUUACCGAUGUAAAAAAAGUGAUUUUUGAGCCGAUCGAAAUGUCCCAAUUCGGCAGUCAUGUUAGUUUAGUUUUAUAGAAGAUGUACUCUCUGUAACACACAAGUUAGUCCUAUCUUUUCUAAAAAUAUACCGCGACACAAGUUUGCGCAAAGCGAAGGAUUUGCUUGCUUUUUAGAUGUUUGUCGAAAAAGAAGUUUCCCAAAAUCGAUGAUAAACUAAUAAUUAUUGGGG